AUGCAGCAAGGCAGCAUUGUGAAGCCCGUGAGGUUCCUGACUAGGAAGCACGUUUUCCCCACUAACCUGGAGAAAAUGAACGUGAUGAGGGCAGUGCAGGUGUUAUCGCCCCCUGUGACAGCGGCACUCAAACUGCUGGAGCAGCAAGCCGGCCACACCUGUGAUGCGAGCUUCUCGCAAGUCGGAGAAACGGUAGAGUUCAUGGAUACUAUGCAUCGGUGGUUUCUGCUGAUGGAUGUGAGCAAUUGCACUCAGCAUAUCCACCAGAACUACGCUGACACUAAGCAGUACUUGUGCGAAACAGACGAGCGCCUGGAGUGGCUUGAAAGUACUUUCCUGGAGUACUUGGGCGAGCUCAAGAGCCAGUGCCAUGUAAAAAACUUUCUCACAAAGGAGACAUAUGAAGGGCUUCUGCUUACAACACGUUCCAAUGUGGACUGCACGAGGUACUUGCUUCGGGUUAUGAAUUUCGGCUUUGUAUUGACCAGAAAGAUGUCGUCUGACCCUAUUGAGUCUUUCUUCGGGUGGUUGAGAAAGACAGCUGGGAGUAAUGACCAAACCGAUGUCCGAGCUGUGCUUUCUGGCAUCGAAAAGACUUUGAAGACGGGUAUUGCCUCUACAUCACGGGACAGCAAUGUAGUUGCUGAGGAGAACCAUCCUUGCUCCUCGGGAGGCGUGCCAAUGUCAAAGGUACAAGCCACAGACAGGGCGGAGGUAGAACAGUUCCCUACCGAUGCAACUAGAGCACUGAUUUACCACCUCGAACGAACAGAGGCGCUGGCUCCUACUCCUGAAGUUGCAGCUCUAGCCAUGGUGGGUGGCUACUUGGCCAGGGUUAUUAGCGAAACCAUCGCUUGUGAGCAGUGUACUGGACUCGUGCAAAAGCCUGACUCAUUGGCCCCGUCUGACGCGCUCAUUAAACAUCAAGAUAGAGGUGGACUCUUCUAUCCGUCUCAACAGCUACUUGUGGUGCUGCAUUGCUUGAAAAUCUACAUUCAAGUGAUGCUAGCAAAGAGGAGGAACUUGAAACAUCCCCUUAAAGCAGCUGUGGAGCACGCUACUGCAAUAUUAAGCGAGCGGCAAAUAUUAAAAUGCUCGGUUCCUGGACAUCACCGGCAGUUUCUGGAAGUGUUACUGACCAAGUUUUUCCGCCCACUGUUUACAAAUUUUGCUCUAGGAGUCACAGACAAGUAUGACAUGGCAAAAAUCUUCACCUCCCAGCCACUCUCACGGAAGCCACUAAAACUAUAA